UCCAACUUGUUGGCUCUCCGGAGAGCUGUCCACUCCUUAGUACCCACACCUUGCCUUUCUUGUCGCUCCUUCAUCGAGUACAUUAUUUAUAACCUGAUACCAUCUGACCGCUACUAGCGCUCCAUUGAAACCGCCAUGGCCAGGAUGCUAGGAAGAUCGAAGUCGUUGCGGAUGCUCAGAGGUUUUCAAAAAGAAUCCCACCAACAGGACAAUGGCCGCUCUACGCCACCAGACGCCAGUAUUCAAAUCGAGGUCGAUAGAUUAAAGGCCGCAACACCUGUUACAAGAGCAAAUAGUCGGUCUGCAACCCCCGACUUAUCCCAACGACCGAGGACGUCAGGUGGGCCAGGAGACCGCGGCAAGUUGUUCCACAAAAAAGUCACCCCCGUCACCCUUGGUUCCGAGGAUCAAACCUACAAUUUUCCCUUUCCUUCUCCAACCAAAUCCACCACAGUUCUCUAUACCGCAGAGGUUCAUGAAGAUCGCGAAGGAGUCAUUGGCAUCGCUCUGGGAAGUCCGACUAUGGCAUCACACUGGAACAGCAACCCGCAGGAUACCUAUCUCUUUACCAAUACUCCAGGAACAAUCACACACAUAUCUUCUCACAACACUUUCGCGGAACCCGUAGAAAGCAAGCAAGAGGUAUCGAAACCAAAGAUCAGCCGAUGGAAAUCAUUUUUUGGGAAGAAGAGCCAGGCUUCACAGCAGCAGCAGCAGCCAUUCUACAAGCUACAACCAUCGCCUGAACGUGCCGACAGUCACCAUGAUGAGGAGCCUUUAGACGCACACGCACUAGUGCAAGACGAAUCUCGAUCAGCAUCUCCAGCGGUUUUCAGGCCAGAUAUCCGGCAGUCGCGUUCGGUCCUUAAGGGCCAAGUACCUUCGUUCCCAGAUAGACCACGUGCAAGGACUCUUGCAGAGAAUCCACUGGGCAAGCCGAAAGUUCCACUUCUAAGAUCCGCUUCAAGCCCCAAGCCUCCGCCAAAGGAUGACUGGAACAAUUCGCCAACUGUACCCCAUGUGGUGGUAUCUGGUAGUUCCCAACAUGUCUCGCAUUAUCCCUCGGCUCGGGCGAAUGGUGACAAACCUCUUUUGGAUAUCGAUAUUCCUAGAAUUGAGAUGGAAAGGUACAGCGUCAUGUUCGGCAGCCUUCUUCAACCAAGUCGCUCUUCCAAUCUUCUGGUGCGACGCCAAGGGAACUCAGAGAAGCUGAAACCGUUGAACGAGCUAUCUAUGAAGAAAGAUGAAGAUGGGUCCCGAAAUGGAUUACUGAAACCUCAGCGAAGGGCGACCUCACCGUCUUUCCCCAAAUCUCCUACUGUCUCUUUAUCAUUAUUCCCUCAGCCCGCGGGAGGCCACACUGGUAAAACACCAUCCCCGCGAGCAGUUUCCGUUCACAGGCCUAGACCCUUGCAGCGAUCCAGGACGGCACCUGCGAGUUCCCCUCAUCGGCAAAAUUUCCCCGCUACUCCAAGGUCAUCUGAUGAUGGCGGAAAAGGAGCGUUUCACGAGCAAAAGCCUGAAAGUGGCGAUACAGGGAUGAAGACGCAGCUACUGACUCCCACUCCGUCAAGUCGGCACAGCUUCGAUUCCGACACGGAGGAAGUGACGUUUGUGGUUGGCCGCGCCCCAGUCGUGGGCCCAUGGAAGCCACAGGUGGAGGAGCCUGAGUGGGAAAUCAUCUCGAAGCCUUCCAUACGGAAGAAUCCUGCGUCUCAGGAUGCCCCGUCUUCUGCACCUCCAGAAUCAUUACGUGCAGAUAACAAAUUAAAAACACAAAUCAUCGAGGUCAGCCCCAGGUUGACUGACACUGCUCCGCAAAAUAGCUCUCAAGCUACCAUCGGGUUGGCGAGGCAAGUUUCGGUGUCACGUACGGCGGGAUUCCAGCGAGCGGAGUUGCUGAAACCAGUACUUGUGAAAGCGGCAACGGACAGCUCCUCCCUAUCGCCAUCUAGUACGACGAGCUCAGAGCGUCUGGUGGACAGGAAACCCCUUACACCGACCCUGGUCGAAUUGAAAAACCGCAAAAGUCAGAGGGUCCAGUUGGUGGAUGCGUAGUUUGCACAUCCACGAGGUUGUUCGUUUAUACCCACAUUCACCAAAUGCGUUUGGCGUUCAUGCAGGAAAUUGAAGGGUCCAUUCUUAUGAAGUUUAGAGGUUAGGUUCGGUUUGGAUGGUUGGUCGAGGGUUUUG